GCGUGCGCGUGGGUGUGACCGUGGGUGUGUGGGUGCGUGGGCGGAGUGCUGUGUUUGCCGCACAAAUACACACACACAGCGAAAACAUCGCGGGGAGUAUGAGUAAUGUCCUGCUCUAGAUUGAUGCCAGAAGCCGCCAAGAGUUGAAUGUUCUGUUUUCCGUCGAAAGAGCGGUGAACAGCUCCGCGCGAAACAGCUGGUGGAGAAGCAUGGGAAUGCAUACAUCUGAUGGGUAUUUGUCAGAAGAAUAUUGCCCACAACCGAUGCUGAGUUCCUUCUACUCACGAUUUUAUGUGGAAGUUCUGAUCAAGAGAUAUAAAGAGAUCGUGCCAAAUUGAACGUGAAGUUCUGAACAAGAGAUAUAAAGAGAUUGUGCCAAUUUAAACGAGUGAAGGGGCUGAGUAAGAUGGAUGAGAUGGGCAAAGGAAACUCGUUGAAUUGUUAUGACAGUGUGGUUCUUGGCGGUACGUUUGACCGAUUGCAUGGUGGACAUGAAGCGUUGCUGCGCGCUUCCGCAAAUUCUGCGAAUAAGAGGAUUAUGAUUGGCUUGACAGAUGGACCUAUGCUUUCAAAGAAAGUUCUGGCUGAUAUGAUUCAACCUUUCGCUAAGCGAAAAUCUGCGAUCGAAUCGUUUCUGAAAUCGGUGAAACCAUCAUUGGACGUAGUGGUAGUGCCAUUGAUGGAUCCUUAUGGGAUGUCGGUUGAGGACGAAGAUAUAGACGCGAUUGUUGUAAGUGAAGAGACGAGGAAGGGCGGAGAGGCGGUAAACAAAAUUCGGCGUGAGAAAGGACUGAAGGAGCUCGCGAUGAUUGUAAUUGAUCUGCUUAUGGCCAGUAGUGGAGACAAUGGAGAGAAGUUAAGCUCCUCACUAUUGCGUCAGCAGGAGGCGUUGGCAUCUAGUGCAUUGCAAGGGACUGAAAACUCUGACGAGGAGGGGGGCCAGGAGGGGCGGGGAUUAACGUCAAUGCUCGACAGAAAGACAGGAAUGGGCAUGAAUGGUGGGCCUCAUGGCCACAACCGUCCACUGAUUGUUGCUCAUCACGGUGCAUUGGGAAUGCUCCCGGAGCUUACCUUAGAGGCUUAUCGCGAGGCCAUCUUACAAGGAGCUGAUUUUGCCGAUUGUGGUGCGGUGUUGACCAAGGAUGGGGUGUUGAUAUGUAGGCAUGAGCCAGAUAUGUCAAAGACGACAAAUGUGGCCAUGAUUCCUGAAUUUGCGAACAGGAGGAAGACCUAUGAGAUUGAUGGGAAGAAUGUGACAGGCUACUUCGCCGUAGAUUUCACAUUAGAUGAGACAAAGCGGCUGAGAGCUAUCCAGAGGCUGAGCUUUCGGGAUGGGUCUUAUGAUGGGCAAUAUCAGAUCCCGACACUGGAAGAGUACCUGGACCUGUUGCUGACAGGCUCUUGGGGGCGGGAAAUCGGUUUUUAUACAAGAAUGGGCAUGAAUGGUGGGCCUCAUGGCGACAAGCCUCCGCUGAUCGUUGCUCAUCGUGGUGCAUCGGGAGUGCUCCCGGAGCAUACUUUAGAGGCUUAUCGCGAGGCCAUCUUACAAGGAGCUGAUUUCGUCGAAUGUGAUGCGGUGUUGACGAAGGAUGGGGUGUUGAUAUGUAGGCAUGAGCCAGAUAUGUCGAACACGACAAAUGUGGCCAUGAUUCCUGAAUUUGCGAGCAAGAGGAAGACCUAUGAGAUUGAUGGGAAGAAUGUAACAGGCUACUUCGCCGUAGAUUUCACAUUAGAUGAGAUCAAGCGCCUGAGAGCUAUCCAGAGGCUGAGCUUUCGGGAUGGGUCUUGUGAUGGGCAAUUUCAUAUCCCGACACUGGAAGAGUACCUGGACCUGUUGCUGACAGGCUCUUGGGGGCGGGAAAUAGGUUUUUAUGUGGAGACGAAGCGGCCACGAUGGCAUGAGCUGAGGGUGGGCGUGGAGAAGAAGAUGGAGGAUGAACUGCUGGAAGUAUUAAAACGCAAGGGCCUUGUGAAGAGUGAUGGGGUUUGGUCUGGGCGGGGUGGUUUCGUUGAGUCCUUCGAUGACGCUAGCCUUAAGUACCUGCGUGGUAAAACAACUGUCCCUCUAGUCCAGCUGCUUGCCGAGCAUUGGCCAGAUCAACUGCGCGGUUCACACAAGUCUGUGGGAGAAGCACUUGAUGAAAUCAGGACGUAUGCGGAUGCGAUUGGUCCAAACAAGGUUUUGAUUGCUCCUGUGAACAGGACAACCAACAAGUUGGGGAAAAUCUCAGAUCUUGUCAAAGAAGCCCAUGCACGGCACCUCCAGGUCCAUCCUUGGGUCUUCAGGAAUGAAUACGUGUUCCUGGCUUUCGAUUAUGGACAAGAUCCGUUCCAGGAAUACGGUCUCUUUGUGGAGGAGGUGGGAGUGGACGGUUUCUUCACGGACUUCCCUGCUACUGCUGCAUGCUAUCUGGAUCUUGUGUACUGCUCCUCUGGUCAAGACGGGACUGUGUACUGUGGUCAGGGUAGCACCAGGCGAGGAGGAGAUGGACGCAGGAGGGGGAGGAGGACAAGGAAGUGGAGGUGGUGUAAGAGAAUGCAGCGGAGGACGAGGAAGUGGCUGAGGAGGAGGGGGUUGGGGGAGCAGGAUGGAGAGGAGGUGGGGGAGGAGGAAGAGGAGGUGACGGAGGAGGGGGAGGAGGCGGUGGUGGCUGAGGAGGAGGGUGAUGGCGGAGCGGGAGGGACGUUUCUGGACAGGGGCUGGUACCCUCUUUACUCCUUGACGAUUUCGUUGGGGUCUAUAUGCAGCAGGGGUGAUCAUCUCGAUCAGGUCAAAAUGGCUUCCAACCAGGUCGUAAAGAAUCGCAUGAAGAGUGUGAAGAGUAUUCAAAAGAUUACCAAGGCUAUGAAGAUGGUUGCUGCAUCGAAACUCCGUGGAGUUCAGCAGAGGGCCGAGGACUCGCGUGCGAUUUGGCAGCCUUUCAAUGAGCUCCUUGGGGAUAUACCAGAUGUCGACGUUGAGAAGAACGUUGUUCUUACAGUGUCGACGGAUAGAGGUCUGUGCGGAGGCAUCAACUCCACAUCUGUGAAGUACUCUCGCGCCCUGCACAAGAUAAUGACUGCGGACGGCAACAAGACAAGCAAGUAUGUUGUCUUGGGAGAGAAAGGGAAGGCGCAGUUGCAGAGAGACUCGAGGCAGUCGAUUGCGAUGACCAUCACAGAGACGACUAAGAAUCCGGUUAACUUCACGCAGGUCGCCUCCAUUGUUGAUCAGAUCCUCAAGCAACAGCCGUUUGAUGCCUGCCGCAUUAUUUUUAACCGAUUCAACUCCGUCGUGUCUUUCGGACCGACGUGUGCGACUAUUCUGUCGUCGGAAGCUCUUCAGAAGGUCCAAAAGGAGGGUGGACCCUUGGACACCUACGAGUUUGAAGGCGUCGACAGUUCGGCGGAGGUUCUGCAGGACUUGACAGAGCUGCAGAUGGCUGCUGUGUUAUAUAAUGCGCUCUUGGAGAACUCUUGCAGUGAGCAGGGUGCUAGAAUGUCGGCCAUGGACAAUUCCAGCAGGAAUGCGACAGACAUGCUGGAGCGCCUCACACUCUCCUACAACAGGUCGCGUCAAGCAACCAUCACAACUGAACUUAUCGAAAUCAUUUCUGGCGCAACUGCUUUGGAAGGAUAGACGAAUGGUCGACGUACCCGUGAGGGUUACCAGGGGGUCGCCAUACCGGGGGUCAGCAUAUCGGUGAGGGGUAGGGGUUUCACUCCUGGAGAGGGUAGAGAACCCUUAGGGCUGGCCAUAUACAGCAAGGGGCGGGCUGUUGGACUGGCUGUCGGAGUCAAUGGAUCACCUUCAGCAACUUUUUAUUGUUGUUCCUUCCAGCUUUUCUAACUUGGGGGUAUGUCUCCCACCUCGAUUGAUCGGAUGACACGAGGACUGUGUGAAAAUCUCACAGUGUGAUUUUCACACACAAUGGAUGACACGAAGGCCCGAAGUGUCCUGUUCAUCUCUUCGACCAACUUCACAACGGAAUGGUGCCGUGAAAAUCUCACUGGGUGAAUUUUCUUGACAAGCACGGACAGAUGCGGAAACAGAUGAUGUGCCCAUGUGCACUUAAUUUGCCAUUCUGGGACUGGGCACGGAUGUACUUCUUUCUCACCGUGCUCCGAUGACAUGAUGACUGCUUUCGCAUUUGCCAGUCUGCUCAUCUACGUUCUGUACGUAUUCUCCGACGGUGCGUAGGGUAGCAAGGGGGCUCAUUUGUGGUUUUGCUUGUCUAUUUUUGUGUUAUUGUGUUACUCGGGAAGUCGGGGUCACUUGUUCGAGGCUCUUUCUGCCUAUGUGCAUUAUCGUCCUGUGAUGUUCAUUGUUUGUUGGUUGGCGCGCUCUUCUUUAUCUGUUCUGUUUGGUUCUGUUUUCUGUUGGUUGGCACGUUCUUCUUUAUCUGUUCUGUUUGGUUCCGUUUUCUCUCUCCGUAGUCUUUUCGUUGGAUUGGUGAGAUCAUUCUUUGGUGUGGGUGUUGGACUAGUCGCACGGGAGGAUGAGCAUGCUUCCUUGGGUUGCGAUGGAAGUGCGCCGAGAGAUGGUUCUCCGUUGUGGCUGACUGAUUUGGUGUGUGAAAGGGUAAGCGUCCAUGAGUAGGCUUCGUACAAUCUGUGACGGAAGCGCUGAUUGCACAAUGCUGAUGACCACAGUUCAUUUUGCCCUCUGCUGGCAGGGGUGCAAGAUGAAAGUAUUGCGAGCGCUUAGGCAUAUGUAUGGCUUUCUUGGGCCUUGAGUUGAGAGAACCUGUGUGCAUCUGCUGAUAUAGUGGGCUGUGGCAGGGGUGACAUGGGCAAGAUGCGGAGAGAGAGCCUGUGUCCCUCAGGUGUAUGGUGCUUCCGCCGCCUUCAGGUGUGACAUGAGUGUGGGUUGCGUAGGCUUGAACAGGAGGUGGGUUCAUGCUGUCAGACUCUUAUAACCCACCAAGACAUGAAAAGUCAAACUUGCCCCUUUGUUGAAGUUCCAGGUGUGGAGCUAGUCGUUUGAUUUUGGUGGUGGUUUCUCGUUUUCUGUGAGGUUCCUGUCUAUGGAAAAGUAGGGUAGAUAAAGUAGCCCUCCUUCUCUGAAAUGGCUCUGAAAUGGCUUUAACGUGUGAGGGUGCUGUGUGCUUGAGCGGUGAAAAGGCCCAAAAGGGUGCGGUUGGCAGUGGUUGAGUUUUCAGUCUCCACAACUUUUGUUUUACCUAGUUUGUACUUCUUCGUAAAGUCCAUAAAUCGGCUUUUGCCUACCAAUCAGAGCAGAAAUGACCAUAACGAUAAGACCCCAAAU